AGUAUUAGGGGAGGAUAGAGGCGGGUGGGGCGUUGUGCUCUAGCUGCCCCCUACCCCAUAACAACAACACCGGCUCCUCCCUUCAGGUGCUCAAUUUUCAGAUCUCAUCAUGAAGGUGUUGUUGAUCUCCUUGCUUCUCAUGGCGGUUGCUGUUUGUGUUGUGACUGAAGGGGAAUUGGAUUUUGAUGACACUGAGAUUGAUGAAGGUGCAGAUGCUGCAUUGAAGUGUGAUGCAUGUAGAAUAGUGGCUGCCAAGUUUGCAGAAUCAUUUGCUGAUAUCCAAGGCAACAUCGUUCCGACUAUCUCGCCAAAAGAUGAAGAAAUUAUCGAGGCAGCAGAGAGUACUUGUGAUGGUGCAUGGGAAGGGUAUGGUGUGAAGAUUAUGGGUGGAAUGGAAAGACUCACCGGACCAGAAGCUGACGUAAAAGCUGGAAUUGUGGAUAAUGAUCCCAUUUGGUCUCGUAGACUACAGGAUAUGUGUGAUGAACUUCUGGGGGAAACUCCUGAUGAAAAGACACUCUUCAACACAUGGGCAAGUGGAAACUCUCUGGAAGAAUAUUUGUGCAAAGGGGCUGGCACCUUUGGAGCUUGCACUUCAGAUAACUGGGGUCCUUGGCCAGGUGAUGAUUAUGAAGAUUAUGAUGAUACAGCAGAUUUUGAGGACAUACAUGAUGAGUUUUGAUAAGUUAAUUCAUAAAUUAUAGCAAGAUAAGAAUUAUCACAAUUAUUUUGAUAAUUUUUUAAAGAAGGUUUUUUAGCUUUGUAUUUUGCUAAUCUCAAUAAGAUAAGCAAUCUCAGUAAGGUAGCAAGCUUUACUUUUUAUACACUAAUGUAAAGAUGAAUAAGGUGUAGAAUACAAAUUUGUUUGAUUAUUAUAAGCACUCACAUUGUAGGUUCCAGUCAUUGUUUUGUACCCCCAGAUUGAUGUUGAAUAAGUUAGUUGUUGAAGUAGUUGUCUUGUCUUGUCUUGUCGGUAAAGUUUUUUCCAGCGAUCUACCUGAUGUUACUUAAUUUAAUGAUUUAAACAAAUCAUUCAAUUUGUUAAAUUGUUGUUGGGUUAGCAACAACCUGUGGCCUACUCAAAGGUUACAAUUGCUUUAAAAACAUAAUUUGUCAAUUUGUACAUCAAAUGUAUGUUUGAUGGCAGCAAUUAUGCCAGAUUUCAGUUAAGUGUAAAGCUUAUGUUCAAGAGUAUUUAUUCUGACAAUGUGGUGUGAUUAGUAUUUUGCUUGAAGCAUGGAUCAGCCGUAACUAUAUUCCUCAGGAAUGCAUUUUUGUGUGUUGUGACACUAAUUCAAUUAUUAGCAUUCACAUAUACAAAUCAGGAGGGUUAGGUUAGUUAGUUUUAAGGCUAAUUAAAAUUCCUGUAAUGGAAAUAGAAUUAAUACAAAAUACAACUACUGUACUUUAAAACAAGUAGCUAGUUGCAGGUAAAAGUUACAUAGGCUGGAACUAGUCAAGAAUUUCAGUUUCAUAAAUAAUGUAGUCUACAGUAGCUUUAUUUACAUUAUACUGUAUUUAAGCUGUAAGUACUAACUUUUGUAGCUAUCAUUCCAGGUAACAUGAAAGUAGUAGUAGUAGUAGUGGUAGUAGUAGUAGGCAUCCAUCAGUCUCAGGAGACUAUGGAGUUAUGGUUGUCGGUCUGGAGUGGCCAGACCGACACAAACUUGAUAUACAGUACUGUACGUAAGCUGUAUUUGGUGAAAAAAAAAUUAGGUUGAAGAAGCUAGUGUGUGUUUAAGCUUUCAAUAAGGCAUAGUUUAGUACUGUAUUUAGAAGACAAUUUUUAUAAGCAACAUCUGCACAAAGAUGUUGCUUAUAAAACUCAUAAUGAAUGUUAUGAUUCCGGGAAUAUUACUAACAAAUUAAGACAACCUUAAUAGAAACCAUUACUUGGAACUAACAAUAACAUUGAAAGUCUCAUCUUUGCAUAUAUUUUUGUGUGAAAGACAUUGUAACAUUCAGAAUUAUACUCUGCCAUAUUUAUUUCAUUGAAGCAAUGAUAUAACUUGGCAAAAUGAGUUAUUUCCCAAUAAAGUGAGUUAAGUACUUCAUGAAUGGACACUUAAGUAAUUAUUCGGUGCAGUGCAGCCUUUGUAGAAAUUUAAUCGUGGCAAAUGCUGUGUGCUUUUUAUUCUUUGCAACUGACUAGUUUAAAUUGUUAAAGAUAAUUGAGAAAUGCUUCCAUGUAUGAGUGUGUCUCACAGCUGUGAAGUUCUACAUCAUGUAAUUUGCCAACCUGUCCUAACAAUGUACUCAAACUGCAAUAUUGUACUUAUUUGGUAAGUACUGUUCAGUGUUGUUAUAGUACUGCAUUUUGUUAUAAAUGUGCAUUACAGUACUUAAGAGUUUAUGCUUGAUUUUAAUUGAAUUAUCCAUAAAUGCACAGUAUGAUGAUGUUUUGUUUACACAAGUUAUUUGUUGUACUUAAUAAGUUACAAUGGGAAGCAUCUCCUUGAAGGAAUAUGUACAGUUUUGCUAAAUAACUAUUUUUUUACCGUUUUAUAUUCACUUUCGUAAUGUAGUCUUCAAUACAGUUUUAUAUUUAAUGAAACGAGGACAGGUUGUUGCUUUUUAUGUGAGCUUUUGCUGUGUGGUUCACAAUGGUGCUCUUAAUUAAGUAAACACAUCCCCUCUUCUGGGAGUAGCUCCCUUGGCUUCCCAGAUCUAUUCGAGCUGAUAUGAUUGUAUUAGACCCUGGCAUCAGUCAAAGCGAAUAGAGUUCUUAGGCCUACCGGGGACUACAAGCCAGAACCUGGCCCCCCCCUCGAGGAGCAAUAGAAACCUAUAGAAACACCCAUGUGGUUGGAAGCAUUCUGUGUCUGCCAUCGACUGGGUCAGGUACCCAGAAAAUUAGGCAUCCCAAAACAAACCCUAUCUGGUUAAAAUAUUGCUACUGAAAGCUGAACUGUUUGGACAGAAGUCCCCAAACAAAAAACAAGCACGACGUCAGUAGUUAUCGAUUGCGUCGCCCCCUUCCCCGGGAGGGGAAAGGGAGGAGCCCCAGACCCCCGCUCCAGUUAUCCACACCGUCAGUUCUCAGCUGAUGUGUGACUGAAUCCUUCCAGUGCUGUGGUGUAGUAGCAUGUUGAGCAGUGUACUUACACUGCUCAACAUGCUAUGCCCGCUACACCUGAUUAAAUUGGACCCCAUUUUCACCUUUUUCUUCAAACUUUAAUGCCAUACUUUUCUCCCCUUUUAUGACUUAUUCUUGACCCAUUUGUAUUGGUCUAUUUGUCUACACCUGACCCCCUAAUGGUAUAAAUCCAAUAUGCUUUGUACUUUCUUAUCACUUGAGAAUGAACCAUGUAGGUUCGAACCAUUGUGUAAUUUUAUAAUACGUGUAAUACAUUCUAGAGUUAU